UGAAUAUAAGGAGUAGCAGGUUGCAGAAGACCCCAGUAGGCAGGAGAGGGACACAUAGAAGAGAAUAAUGACUAUUAGUACAUAUUCACUUUUAGAGUUUCUUAACUGACUGGACUAAAAUAUCUUACAAAGCGUUUCUGGUUUGGCUUUUGGGGGAAAACAUGGUGUGGAGGAAAUGAAGAAGACUUUUUCCAGCUGAACAUCUGUAUGUCUAAAACCCCUAGAAAUCUCUUGGCUUACAGUUUGAAGUUUUUCAAGAAAUCAAAGGACAUCAUCUCUUCUUAAUCGAGGUAAUCAAGAUCAGCUGACUAGAGCAAAUGGAUUGCCCAGGAAACCCACAAUUCUCAAUUGGAAGAUUCACUGUACAGCAUGCUGACACUUUUAGAUCUGAUAAAACUCCUUAUAGGAACAAAGGAACUUUAGAAUUCUCAGGUGAUAUUGAAGAAACACUUGUAAGGGCUGGCAAGUCUGAAAGCAUGGAAUCUCUUGAAUGUUCCUCUGGAAGUGAUGUGGCUUCUUCUGGUUAUACUUCUACCACAGAUGGACAAGUCUUGGAAAUGCCAGAAGAAAAUGUGCAAGAAGCAUUACAGCAUCUAAAUCAAUCUAUUGAAGUUUUUAGUCAUGGGCUUGAGAUGCUUCCCUGUCCUACAGACAACCAGAAGUCAGAAGAGGGCUUGGACAAAAUUGAAGUAGAGCCUUCUCUGUCUGCUGGCAUUGUCCUAAGUCCUUCAGCCUUGCCCUUCUGCCAAAAGUUAAUUUCAAAGAGACAGUUGGCCUACAACACCCUAGAUGCCACACCCAGGCAUGAAUUUUACAUAAACUCUAUAGCACCUGGGAGACUGAAACGGAGUCGCCCAUCACUAGAUAUUCUUCGCAACGCUAUAUUGGAUGAAAACCAAACAGUGCCAGUGCCCUUGGACCAAGAUGUGGAAACUGGUAACAAAGAUGAACCUGAGAACCCUGAAGUGGCGAACACUAAAAACAAUAAGAAAAAAAAGAAAGAAAGUGGACCUGUCCGUUUUGGAUGGGUAAAAGGCGUCAUGAUCCGAUGCAUGUUAAAUAUUUGGGGAGUCAUCUUGUAUCUGCGAUUGCCAUGGAUCACUGCACAGGCUGGAAUAGGUCUCACUUGGGUGAUCAUACUUUUGUCUGUCCUGGUGACUUCAAUCACAGGCCUAUCCAUUUCUGCCAUUUCCACCAAUGGCAAAGUCAAAUCAGGUGGGACGUAUUUUCUUAUCUCUCGCAGCCUGGGACCUGAGCUUGGAGGCUCCAUCGGACUCAUCUUUGCUUUUGCCAAUGCAGUUGCAGUCGCUAUGCACACAGUAGGCUUUGCAGAGACUGUUCGUGAUCUACUAAUUGAAUAUAAUGCAGUAAUUUCAGACCCAGUAAAUGACAUCAGAAUCAUUGGAGUGAUUACCGUGACGGUUCUUCUCGCUGUCUCAUUAGCAGGAAUGGAAUGGGAAGCUAAGGCUCAGAUUGUCUUCUUUAUCGUGAUCAUGUUUUCCUUUGCAAGUUAUUUUGUGGGGACAUUAAUCCCUCCCAGUGAGGAGAAACAAGCCAAGGGGUUCUACAGCUACCAAGGAUCUUUAUUUGUGGAAAACAUUGUUCCUGAGUGGCGAGGUGAAACUAGUUCCUUCUUUGCCAUGUUUUCCAUAUUUUUCCCAUCGGCUACUGGUAUCUUGGCAGGUGCCAACAUCUCAGGAGAUCUAAAGGACCCAGCAGUGGCAAUACCAAAAGGAACACUGCUGGCUAUAUUCUGGACAACCAUUUCAUACUUGGCUGUCUCCGCUACCAUUGGUUCCUGUGUUCUGCGUGAUGCGUCAGGUAUUCUAAAUGACUCAAUAGCUGAGAAUAAUACAUUGGAUUGUGAAGGACUGAGCUGUCAGUUUGGAUGGAACUUCACUUCAUGCCGGGAAACAGAAAGUUGCUACUAUGGACUUGCUAACCACUAUCAGGCAAUGAGCAUGGUAUCAGCCUUCAGUCCUCUCAUCACUGCUGGAAUCUUUGCUGCGACACUUUCCUCAGCUCUGGCCUGCCUUGUCUCUGCCCCCAAGGUCUUCCAAUGCCUUUGCAAGGACAAACUUUACCCUUUCAUUGGAUUUUUUGGGAAAGGUUAUGGAAAGAACAAUGAGCCAAUCCGCGGGUACAUUCUCUCCUUUGUAAUUGCUAUUGCUUUCAUACUAAUUGCUGAACUGAACACCAUUGCUCCAAUAAUCUCCAACUUUUUCCUAUGUUCUUAUGCUCUUAUCAACUUCAGUUGUUUCCAUGCCUCCGUCACCAAUUCUCCAGGCUGGCGUCCCUCCUUCCGUUACUACAGCAAGUGGACUUCUCUUUUUGGAGCUGUUGUAUCUGUGGUCAUUAUGUUUCUUCUUACAUGGUGGGCAGCUAUAAUUGCUGUUGCCAUAAUCAUAAUACUUUUGGGUUAUGUAACUUACAAGAAGCCAGAUGUAAACUGGGGCUCUUCAGUACAGGCUGGUGCAUACAACAUGGCACUAACAUACAGUGUGAACCUAAGUGGAGUUCAGGAACAUGUCAAAAACUACAGGCCACAAUGCCUGGUCCUCACUGGACCCCCCAACUUUCGUCCUGCUCUGGUAGAUUUUGUUAGCUCAGUGACAAAGCAUACCAGUUUGAUGGUCUGUGGCAAUGUUGCUAUUGAUACUGAUAAAGUCACGGACUCAGAAGGACAACUGAAAUGGCUGAACAAAAGAAAAGUAAUAUCCUUCUAUAGUAUGAUCCAUGAGAAAACCUUGAGAGCUGGAACAAAAAGUCUCAUGCAGGUCUCUGGGUUAGGACGCCUCAAGCCUAAUACUCUGGUCCUGGGGUAUAAAAAUAACUGGCAGAGUGAUUCAGUACAAAACCUGGAUGAAUAUGUUGGGAUUAUACAUGAUGCAUUUGACUGCCAGUUUGCAGUGUGCAUUCUGCGCAUAAAGGAUGGACUUGAUGUCUCACAGAGGCUUCAAGGCCAAGUGAAUUUGGCAUUCCAGGAAUCUGAUAACGAAGCUUUCAGUGAUCAGGAGGAUGAGAAAGAGCCCCCCAGUCCUAUUCCAGAGAUGUUGAAUCAAACAAACAGUGAGUUCCAGACCCGCCAGGGAAAAAAGAGUAUCCACAUUUACUGGUUGAGUGAUGAUGGGGGCUUGACACUACUCAUCCCAUAUCUGCUGAAGCGCAGGAGACGCUGGAGCCAUUGCAAAGUCAAAGUAUUUAUCAGAUGCAGAACCGAAAAAGCAGAGGAGGAGACAAAAGAAAUGCAAAGUCUCCUGGAGAAGUUCAGACUGGGGUUCCAUGAUGUUGUUGCACUUACUGAUGUGGAUCAGAAGCCUCAUUGCAGAAACAUGAAGGUGUUUGAGGACAUUAUUGCUCCAUACAAUGUAAGCACAAGGCAAAGAACAUCAGAAGAAGCAGAGAUCCCAUCAUGUGCUAUCACAGAAAAGGACCUUGUUCGUUGCAUGUCUAAAUCUGAACGCUACGUGAGAAUGAAUGAAAUCCUGAAGGAGAAUUCCCAUGAUGCAGCUCUCAUUGCAAUAAGCCUCCCCAUUGUUUCAAAAGAAACCUGUCCAAGUUCUCUAUACAUGGCCUGGCUGGAGAGUCUGUCACAUGAUCUCAACCCACCAAUCAUUUUCAUUCGAGGAAACCAGCAGGAUACCCUCACAGUAUACUGCCAAUGAGCCAAUGGAACCAGUUCAAACAUGGAGGGAAUAUUUGCUCUACAUGGUGCUAAACACAGAGCCUGGGGAAGAUCAGAAGGCAUCUGGACUACUAUAAAAGACAAAUGGGGUUAAGUUUUCCCCCAUAUGCAAUAAAAGGCACUAAUUUUUGCCCAGGAGCAGUAACCCAUAACAACCAAUCAGCAGGGAGAAUUUACUGGUCUCCUGUUUAAAGCAAACAUCUUAUUGGUUGCUAUAGGUUACUGCUCUUGGCAAAAUUAUUGCCUUUUAUUGCAUAUGGGGGAAAAUAAUAUUAUACAUUGCGCAAAACAAGGUAUUGUAGUUAUAUGUAAAUACCAGAUAUGUCAUUCAUUAUUGAAAAAAGGAAAUGGGACAAAACUACAAUACAGAAUGUCCAGUGGGAUGCUGAAAGUUAUAGUAUAUUUGCAGAACCACAAGUCUGCAGAUGCUCUCAGACCAAUUUGUAAGCAUUUCACAUGAUGUGACAAACUUUCCUUUAGUAUGUAAAUAAUCACCAUGCUUUUAUGUACAGUAAUAAAUUUGCAUUUACUUUAUAACUAAAUUCCCUAAUACCUUUUCUUUUAGAGAACAUUAUCUUAUUUUGAUUUUGUGGAUUGGGAGGUUAAGGCGUAUAUAUUGUUUUUGUGGUGUUUUGUUAAAAAAUAUUCAGUAUGGAACAGUCUGCAAAUGUAAUUACAUUUCUUAAAAAAAAAAUGGUAGUUCUGGGCUGCAAGUUGAAUGGUUAUUGGGGACAGGGAUUCUGCUGGUGGGAGGUAAUUUUACAUAAAUAUAAGCCAUUCUUUGUAAAAUGUAUUGUAUAUAGUAAUUGUCAUAUAAUAAAAGAUUCUAAAACAA